ACACAUUUGUCCUUGCGCGGCGCGACAGGAUGACGGCGGAGAAGAAGCGGCAUCCUGUGGUGUUCGUGCUCAUUGAUGGCAUUGGAGACAUGUCGAUGGAUGUAUCCAAGUACCACAGUGCACACGCGACACCGGGCACGACGCUGCAAGCCGCGCAUACCCCCGCCAUGGACGCGAUUGCCAGGGCCGGCCUGAACGGCCUCCUCGAUCCUGUCGAGCCCGGAAUGGCAUGUGGAAGCGACACGGCGCACAUGUCCAUCUUUGGAUACCCUCCUACGAAACAUUAUCGUGGAAGGGGGUCGUUCGAAGCGAUGGGCGCGGGACUAGAUAUGGCGCCAGGCGACGUCGCGUUCAAGUGCAAUUUUGCCUACUUGGACCGCGCCACGAACGUUGUGGCGAUGCGACGAGUGGACCGAAACUUUCAUGCGUGGGGGAAGGAGUUGUGCCCGUAUGUCGGGUCUGUCAAGCUUCCGUCCUUUCCUGGGGUCGGCGUCGUGUGCAAGUACGCCACCGAACACCGCUGCGGCAUUGUAUUUAAAGGAUCGAAUCUGUCCGAUCAAAUCACAGGCACCGACCCACUCAAAGAUGAGCUGCCUCUCUUGAAAUCGACCCCCAUCGACCCUACGCUGCCUUCCGCAGUGUACUCGAGCAAGGUACUGAACGAAGCGUCGGACGUGAUCAUCGAACACCUCUCGCGACAUCCACUCAACGUGGCGCGGGAAGCUCAAGGACUUGUUCCUGCCAACUUGGUGUUGUUUCGUGGCCCUGGGGAGCGCAUCAAUGUUCCCAACUUCGAGGCGACGCAUGGAAUGAAGGCGUUCAUGAUCGCUCCGACAUGCAUCAUUGCAGGACUGGGAAUGUCCUUGGACAUGGACUUGAUCCGAGUCGAGGGAGCCACGGGAGAUUACCACACAAACCUCGUCAACAAGGCCAACGCAGCGCUCGAGUGCUUUCGAGAUCGAAAGUAUGACUUUGGGUUUGUCCACGUCAAAGCAGUCGAUGAUGCCGGCCACGAUCGAGAUGUCCCUUUGAAGAUGCGUUUCCUUGAAAAGGCGGAUGCCAUGAUCGCUCGGUUGAUUCAAGGGCUCGACGAAGGGAUUGAAGAAGAGGCAACGAUCAUCGUAACUGGAGACCACACGACGCCGGUUUUGUACGGUGAUCACACAUUCGAGCCCGUACCGUUCACGAUUGCAAAUGUUCGCGCGGCGGCACGAAUCCUUCGAGGAGAAACUACGACAACAACGCAUGAGCUCCAAGAUCACGUGCUUCACUUCUCCGAAGUGGACGCUGCGGGUGGCAUCCUUGGACGGUUCUCCGGCGACCAGGUCAUGGAAAUUGUCAAGCAGUUCCGUGCACGGAACGUUUGAAAAUGCCGCGCGGGACGACAACGUCGAUGGAACAUUUUUAAUAUGACACUUCGAUACAUAUUUCGUGUA